GCGUUCUCUCGUUUUCACUUUAGACAAAUGAGAGGCAAAUCCAUCAGGUCGUGUGUGGCCUGAUUCAAAUCAGGAAGGAAAGUGCCAGCCACUGGAAAUAUUGUGGGCCCUUCGUAUGAUCGAAUCGAUCUGCCCCGUUGAAAUGAAUUAACGUCAUUAAUCUUGUCUUCCCCCAAAAAAAUCACAAUUAAUUUCGCGUUUUUUUUUUAAACAAACAAAAAUGGCGUGUCUUUGAAUCAUAAAAUAUAAUAAAAGAGAAUGAAAAGGAAAAACUAGUUCUAUGAGUGACAUUAGGAGCUGAGAAUGGCCAAUUCGUCUACUUGUGAGAAUCGAGACGUGAGCUGUGGCCUACAGCAGCUCAUUGCAAGUGUCAUUUUUUAAAAUGUUUUUAUAUACACACAAAGCAUGAGAAAAUUAGAACGAAAAGAAAUUAUUGAAUUGCAGAAAUCUUUUCAGUAAACAUUCCAAAAUCAAAGUUAUAGUCGAAAAGCUGACAUUGCUGACAUUACUCACUGAUUUUGUCCAUUAGAGAAUGAACUGGCUCUUUUAAUCACAACAUUACCAAAUUCAAUUCCAAUCAACAAUCUGGACGCUUGAACACACACACAUACGCGUGCGUGCGCACACACACACACACACUCCACGCCCCCUCUCUCGUAUUCUCUCCCAAUACUUUGACGUGAUGACAUUCUGACAGGACGUACUGGUUUGUGUGUACAUACGGGGCGAAUCAUCUGUAGUGCAAAUAGUUUUGCCUGCUUGAAUAUUCAUAUACUCUUGCCUGAGCUCAACUGGAUCUGUGUUUGAGAGGGUGUGUGUGUGCGUGCGUGCUCUACCAGUUUCUGUGUUUAAUCAAGUUUGCAAAGCAGACAAGAGCCUAGUUUGACUUGCAAAAACGUUACUUCCUCGACAAGCCCCACGCAGCUUUCUAGCGUCCCUGAGAGUGCCUGACGAGCAUCGCCAUGGGUGAAAUGGAGCAACUGCGAAAGGAGGCAGACAGUCUCAAGGACCAGAUUACUGCGGCGCGCAAGGCCACGCAGGACAUGAGCUUCCAGGAGGCCGUAUCUAGCAUCAACGUGGUGGGCCGCGUCCAGAUGAAGACCAGGAAAACACUGAGGGGUCACCUGGCCAAGAUCUACGCCAUGCACUGGUCCACUGACUCCAAGUUGUGCGUGAGUGCGUCUCAAGACGGGAAGCUCAUCGUGUGGGACAGCAUCACAACCAACAAGGUGAACGCCAUCCCCCUCAAGUCGUCGUGGGUGAUGACAUGCGCCUACGCCCCGUCGGGCAACCUGGUGGCGUGCGGCGGUCUGGACAACAUGUGCUCCAUCUACAACCUGAAGGGCAAGGACGGCAACGUCAAGGUCAUGCGCGAGCUGGCGGCUCACACGGGUUACCUGUCAUGCUGCCGUUUCAUCAGCGACAGCGAGAUCAUCACCAGCUCUGGAGACUGCACUUGCGUGCUGUGGGACAUCGAGACGGGCACCCAGAAAACUAUCUUCGCGGGUCACCAGGGAGACUGCAUGUCCUUGGCCGUGUCCCCGGACUUCAAGUUGUUCAUCUCGGGCGCCUGCGACUUUACGGCCAAACUGUGGGACAUCCGGGAGGGCAACUGCAGACAGACCUUCGGGGGCCACGAGAGCGACAUCAACGCCAUCGGGUUCUUCCCCAACGGCAACGCAGUCAUCACGGGCUCUGAUGACGCCACCUGCAAGCUGUACGACCUGAGGGCCGACCAGGAGCUCAUCACCUACCAGGAUUCCAGCAUCAUGUGCGGAGUCACCUCGCUGGCCCCCUCCCUGUCGGGACGUCUCAUCCUGGCCGGCUACGACGACUUCAACGUUAAUAUUUGGGACUCGCUCAAAGCGGAAAGAGUGGGAGUGCUGGCCGGCCACGACAACCGAGUGAGCUGCAUCGGCGUAUCCUCGGACGGAAUGGCGUGCUGCACGGGUUCGUGGGACAGCUUCCUCAAGAUUUGGAAUUGAGGCCUCGGGGCCGGCAUCGGGAUCUACAUUCACGGGCGGAGGAUUUAAUUGUGCCAAUUUUUCAUGUCGUUGGUUGGAUCAUGUGAAUGAAAAUUCCUUUAGUUCAUUAUUACGCCACGGUCUGGCACACUUGACCUCUGCAGUCAAGCGGUUGUCAAACACAAGUACACUGGAUGGACGUCCGUCAUGUAGGUUGGGAUGCAGUGUUUUAUAUCAAGCAUUUUUUUUGUUAGUUUUCCAAUAGAUGCUCAUGUUGACUUGCUCUUCUAAAUAGAAUUCAACAUCCUAGAGGUUUUUGUGUUUGUAUUGAAUGUGACACUGGCUUGUUCUGAUCCCCCCCCCCCAAAAAAAAAACGAGACAGUGACAGAUGGGACCACAAAAAAAAGUGGUUCACUAAGCACUUACAACAAGCAACGAGCCAUUUGUCUCAGGAUUUAGCAAAACAUGCUAUUGCGCACAUGUAAGCGCGACUUUUGGGAAUUUGUUGUUUAGCAUAUCUUUCCAAACAGACUGUCAAAUAAAGAUGCGAUUCUA